GACUUCGAGGACAAGAAUACCUACGGCAGCACGGCCACCUGGAUUCGCCCCGCCAACCCUCGGGAGUCCAUGAGCCGGACCAAGCUCCUGGAGACCAACAGCAGCGUCCGCCCAGAAGACUUGCCAUCCAUGAACACUAGCGAGGCGCAGCUGGAGUGGGAGGCUCCGAUGGAGGAUCUUUAUUUGGCCUCGUUGGAUUUGGGUCCAGAUCUCGGCCUGAAGACCCACUCCGAGCUAAGGGGCGAGGCAGUGGCCCGGCGGUUGAAGGGCGAACAGAGUGGCGAACAGAUGGCAGAGGAGGAGCUUUUGGGCCUGAGCUCCUCGGGCAGCUCAUCGCUUUUCCAGCUCUUCAGCUUCAAGCACCCGGGCAACAUCAACUUCCAGCUCAAGGGCCUGCUGGACGGCAACAGCCUCGAGCUCGGCAUGCGCAUGGGCUUCGGGCCUUUCGAGUCCGAGGAGAAGAGGCUCAAGCUCGUGGACAUCGUAGACCAGUUCGCUGUGACCCUGAAUGCUCUGCCCUUCGUGUCCUCGAAGAGCAAGGAGAAGGCUUUGGAUGCCCUCCGCUCCUUCUCCACAAACUAUGUGCCGCCCACGCUCUUCGAGCCGGGCACCAUGGUCGCCCUUUACAGCAAGAAGCACAGGCGAUACAUCAGGGCCUCGAACAGGCGACGAGGUAGGGGGGAUCUGAAGUCGACCGGAAAAAUGAAUGCUCGAGACCUGAAGAAAACGUGGUCGCGCGUGUACUUCACCGUCGUGGAUGCAGGCAACGGGGAAGUCGCAUUUCACAACCCGAAGUUCAACCGCUUCAUCAGGAUGAAGUCUAAAACGAACAUGGACAUGAGCGACGACAGGGCCACGCUCCCAGGCGGUUGGAAAUCUGAGCGAUUCACGCCUGUGAAUGCCGGUAAAGGCGAGAUCGCUCUUUAUUGCCGAGCCCAUCGCCGCUUCGUGCAGAUGCGGCCGGAUGGCUCCAUGAGGCCGAAAGACAAAGACUUGAAUGCCGACGACCUGUCUCCCACUUGGACAUACGAGCGCUUCACCGUGGUCCAAGGCCAUCCUUACUUUUACCUGGAGCCCGGGUCUGUCGUUGCUUUCCGGUGCUUCAAGCACCACCGCUUCAUGCGCAUGGCUUCGGGAGGCAUGUCUCGCAGUGAGAUCCAUGGAGCUUACAAACCCAAUUCGACUCGGUCGUACACGUAUUUCAAGGUAGUAGAUGCGGGUGGUGGUCUCAUUGCUCUUCACAGUGCCAAGUACAAUCGCUUCGUGGCAAUGACAAGCGACGGCGCGGUGAGGGCCAGCGCCAAAAAGUCUGCGCUCGAGCUGCCCGACGACUGGACCAGCGUGCGGUUCGCGGUGGUGCCGGCCGGGAACGAGCAGAUUGCUUUGCACAACCCCUGGAGGGGCCGCUUCAUCUCCAUGUCGACCAAAGACAUGGUGUCAAGUGGGAGCAAGAAAGCAAAGGACUUGCCUGGCCACUGGAGCUGGGAACGAUUCAAGGAGUGGCACACUGCAGAGUGGAGUAAAACGAGUCCGAGUGCGCUUGAUCACAACGUGUCGCUGUUCUUCGACCUGCUUAUCUACACUGCGUCCCGGAGGAACUCUUUCAUGCCGUCUGGUUUCUCUUUCCUCCAGCUCGGCUUUGCCUUCGCUGUUGGUUUUACCACUGCCAUUGGACUGGGCUUGACUUUGGCCCUCCUUUUCUUCUUCCGGGAAAGGGACCGCGCUCCCGCAACUGCUGGAGCGGCUGCUCCCCUCGAGGCCUGUGGAGCCUCUGCUGCCUCUGCGUCAGGUGCACAAGGCUACAGGUCAGGUCCUUCUGGUAGGCUGUCUGCUACCGGUCCUGGGCCGGUUACGGGUGUUGCUGAAUCCCGGGCUGCCAUUGAGGCCUCCUUCACUCCUAUCCCACCUCACCUGUUGGAUUUGGCCCGGACCUUGAGGUCAUCCGUGUCUACUCCUGUGGACAGGGCAAACAGAGCCUGGACUGCAGUGCUUUGGGCAGGGGCUGUUCUGGCCAACCGAGCCGUUACUCCUAACUGCACUCCGCCCCUUCAGUUGCCCUCGCGGCUCUACGUGGUGCUUCGCACCCCUGACAGCGACGACGUCCGGGUUACUGCGAGCCGGGCUGUCUAUCUUCGCCUUGUGGAUCAUCACAGGGGCCUCUCACUUUCGCACGGGUGGCCAACCGAGACUGAGGCGAGGAUCUACACAGCUGGAGCUGGGCGGGCCAGCCUGCCAGCAGGCCUCCUGCAGGAGGCCGCGAACGAGGGCUUCGUUGGCCUUGUGGGGCCGUACACGACUGCUUCAGCUCCCGCGGUGGAGCUUGCCGAGAACGGGGACUGGCUUGGAGUCUACCCUCCGAGGAGCAUAGAGUUUUUGCUCAUAGACCUCGCCGACGCUGCCAGCGUUGCUUUGGAGCCUCUGGAAGAAGGUUUUGCAGAGUGCACGCCUUUCGUGGAGGAGGCCCCCAUGCUCUUCCCUCUUGCGACGGCCGUCGCGACGUAUGCACUGUCCUGGACGGCGCAGGUCGAGGGAGAAAGAGGUGCAGGUUACGUCACAGCAGAGGAGUUGAUUCCGGGCACCGAGCCCCCGCUCCUGGAACGGCGCCCAAAGGCAGAGCCUCGGCGAAAACCCACAGUGGCCGCGCUCGCCGUGCAACAAGAGAGCAUCAUGGAAGCCUUAGCCGCCCUGAGCACGCAGGUGCAGCAGCUGGCAAAAGCUGGCUCCCCGUCCGAAGUGCGAGCGCCGGUGGUUCCGGUAGCUGGGUCGCUGGCCCCUCCAAACACUGCCCCGCGUCAGGUCCUUGCAGCCCCCGUCUCCGCAACAGUGGUGCCUCAACAUGCCCCACCGAAAAGGUUAGCAAGCCUAUUGGGAGCACCACCGAAAGCCGUCGCCCCGAAGAGCCCGGAUCUGCCGGUCCUGGACGAGGGGGCUGGUGCUUUGGUUCCAGGGGACCUCGACGGAGAGCCCAUCGACGAAGGUGGGUCUUUGGCAUCGGCCUUGCUGGCUCAGAGCAGGGCCCUGACUUCCUUGGUGUCCCAAAUGGCUGGUUCAGGGGACCCCCUGGCCGAUUUGGCCACAGGGUCAAGCAGCUCAAUCUCCGUGAAAGGUUCGGCGGCGAGGAUGAAGCUGCAAAGGGAGCUGCACAGCAGGAGCGGCUCUUUCUUCCUGAAGGUGCAAGAGGCAGCCCUGAGAAGGAUGGAGCCCACGGCAAACCUCGCGAUGCUCGAAGACGACGUGCGGAACCGGCCCAUCCUCACCCGUUACCUGGAGAGAUAUGGUGGGUUCCAGGAUCAGAGGACCUGGGGCCUGAUCCAGUGGCAGCUUGCUCAGGUGUUCGACUUGUUAGGGUCAGGCCAGGUGGAAGGUGCCAAGGAUGUGCUGGCGAUGACGCUUGUCAUGAUAGACCAAACGGUCAUCGACGGUGGGCGUCCCGACCUUGGAUGGAUUCUUUCCUUGCAAGAGGACCCGCCGGCACAGCUGUUCUCCGCUCCCCAGCAUACCGCGGGGUCGAUAAGGCCGUGUUCGCACCUCACCGACCCAAAGUGGCUGGCCGUUGCCUUGAGCUAUGUGAAGGAGAUGGAGACCCUCUCAAGCAAGCGCACAGAGAUGGCAAAGGCCCCCGCGGGAAAGGCCUCGGCCGCUGCCACACCUCCGGGCGACUCUGCCCCCAAAGCCGGCCCUACGCUUACCCGAAAACAACAGCGAGCCAAGCUCUGGGCCGAACGGAAGGCAGCUGCAAAUCAGGGAGGAACCUAG